AUGGAUAGCGAUGAGUAUAAAAAAGAAGUUGAAGCAAAUGUAAAGGCAGAAAAACUUUUACAGUUGCAAAACCAAACCGUACAGUAUGAAAACUUAGCACAAGAAAGUAAAAAUAACGACGCGGCUAUGCAAAAGGCAAUGAAAAGCGCAGAAUAUAUAAAAGCCAACAAUGACUGGUUAGAUGCCCAAGCCAACGCUAAAGCAGCCCAACUCAUAGGGUCAAUAAGGACAAAAAUACAAGCGGAUGAAGACAGUUCAAAUGAAGCUUUAACAAAUGCUGACUUUAAGAACGCCUUCGAAGCUCUUCAUAGUAAGGUGAAACAAGUGAACGACUUCUCAUCUGGAAAGAAACUGAAGUCUGAAGGUUUCGACAAAGAGUUAAGAGAAGUAGCACAAAAUAUGACGAAAAUAACAGAUGCAGCAACGAGACAGGCAGUUCAAAGUGCCUAUGACGCCGUUAGAGCAACUGUUGUGAAAAGUCAAGAAAAAGAGUUACAACAGACCAAAACAGACCUAGUAAAUGCUUUCUUAAAAACGAAAAGUCAGGUAGGACAUUACGCUGCAGAUGGAACAUAUGUGCCAGCUGGUGGAACUUAUAUACCACCAAACCCUCCAAGAGAAGCACCUGCACCAGGACUACCUAAAACAUUUACAUCGUCACAUGGACACAGACACAGGCAUGCACAACAACCAGCACAACAACCACCUCCACAACCAGCACAACAACCAACACAACAACCAGCACAGCAACCAACACAACAACCAGCACAGCAACCAACAGUUCAAAACCCUGCACAACAACAACCACAAACAGAGCAAGGACAUAAAAGAAGUAGAGAACAAGGAAACCAAGAAUUCUUAAAAAUGCUUAAAGAAGAGUGUGGUUUCCCAGAUACUGUUGACUUUAGUGACAGAUAUAAAGAAGCUAUUGGAAAGUUCAAGGAUGGAAAUACUGACCCGAACCUAUUUAGCUUUAUGGCUCAGCACCAAAACGGAUAUAAUCUCAAACCUGGAAAAUACAAGCUCGCUAAGGGAUAUGAUUUAAUAGCAUAUCAUCCAAAUGACAUGGAUGAAUUUACUCCGAGAUAUUUGAUGUCAGAGCUAAAUGACAAUUCAACUUUCGUCAUGAAACGCGUAAAAAAUAGAGACGGAACGAAAGAACAAAAGCUUAUGAAUGCGGAUGAC